AGGGAACUCUUCCACCAGUUCUGUAUCUACAAAUGGACAAUAGCCCGAGAGAUAAUAAGAAUCGAUAUGUGUUCGGAUUUUGUGAAGCUUUGGUUAGGCUCAAUGUCUUCAAUGAGGUCCACAUGUGGUUUCUAUAUGUAGGACAUACGCACGAAGACAUUGAUGCCUCAUUCAGUAAGAUCUCAGAAAAACUUAGAACGACAGAUGCAGAAACAGUUCCCCAAUUACUGAAUCUAGUAAGAAACAUUGAAGAUUUAAGUACACUGAAACUAUGGGAUGUUAAGUCAUGGCUAGAAUCUUCACUAACAAAAGUAAAAGGCGUCAGUGAACCGUUACAUUUUAAAAUUACGAAAACAUCUGGAAAAAUAAAGGUUGUUUAUAAAGGGUAACAGCAUCAGUUAUGGACCGUGUUAGAUGGCAGAGGUACUUUUCUCAGAAAUCUACCAACUUCAAAAAUAAAACAGUUAAAACCAAACUAUAAAAACAUUCUAGAAAAAAUUGAGACAAUUAAAAAACAAAUCAGUGCAAUUAGUUACAUGUUUGAAAGCAGUGAAAAUCAUCUUUGGUGGAAAGCUUUUUUGGAGAAAAUAAAUACAGUGAUGCCAAUGAGAACAAAAGAGGACAUUAUAUGGAUUAUCCAACUACCAAAACAGCAAAAAAAAAACAACAAAGAAACAUUAAAGACAACCUGGAUCCAAUACUUAGAAAGAUGUUGGAAAAGGAAACAAGUAGACCUGUGUUAUCCUGUGAAAAAAGACGAAAUUUAAAAACCAGCCGAGGGAAGCAGAAGUCGAAAAAAACAGAGCGUAUCCAAGGAGGAAGAAGUGGUGUUAACCGUCAAAGCACUGUAGUACAGGUCAUAGAAAAAAAACUAAAUCAACAACACCAGCAGUGCCAAAGAGAAACAGACAAACAGGAAGGCGAAUCAUGAGAUGGAAUAGCUCAAGAUGGAUCACCAUACUCACCGAUGAUGAGAGGAAAAGACACAUAUGGUUGAUAAUCAUCAUCGAACUUCUGGGACAUUUACUACUGUACAUUAUCUAUGUUUUUAUAAUGACCAGAUGUAUCAAAGAACUUUUUAUUAUGAUGGACAGAGUUUGGAAAGCUAUUUUGUUAGCACACU